CGGUGUCCAAUCAGCGACUUGGCAAGAAUUCCAUCAAUGUUUGAGGAAGGCGAAUCUUCUUCAGCUACUCCUUUUCGUGAUCCUUUUGGAUAUCAUGCUAUUGUUUCUGAGAAUCAGUCGACCAUGUCAUCACCUCAUCCACCCCCUUUCGUAACUUACACACAACUGCCCCAACCUUCUUCCUCCAAUCAGUCAUUUGAGGCCAUGCUUGAUGGUUCUGGGUAUCACCAUCAGUGGAGUUAUUUUUCAAGACCAAGAGAUAUUCACGCUCAUAUGAUAGCAGAGAGUAAUCGCCAUCAUCCAUCCUACCUAUUCAAUAGCCAUGAUCCAGCAUCUCACUUUACAAGGAUCAACACGGAUGGUUUACCUGCUGCAGACUCUGUUUUCCAUCCUUUUGUUCUUGGUCAUGGAAAUGUCCCAAGAUCUGGCCCCACCAGCUCCAAUGUCCUUUCCUCGGUGUCACCAUUCCUCCGAACCCAUGCCAAUCUCCAUGAAGGCUUCCAUCGACAAAAUUCUCAAAGUGUGCAUGGAACAAGUAUGCCACAAUCUGCAAACGCAAGGGGUCUGAAUCCAGCAGACCAGUGUGUCCCUUUCCUGAUAACUCCCAUUCCUUUAGAUGCUGAGGGAAUUCGAAACCGCCACCGUCUGUGGGAGCGUGAAGCUGUAAUGACACCACGGGCGGGAUCAACUGGUUAUGACAUGGAUUCUUGCAGCAUGAGUCGAGAGAUCGAGGGUCUGCGGCAGCAAAUGCGAUAACAUCAAUAUCUG